UUUAAGCUGGAUGAUUACAUAAUUGGUAAAAUUUUAUCGUUAGAAGACGAUCAAAUGGCGCUACGAGAACUGGGCGCUACCAAAGCACAGGCGCUACCGGUAACUUAUGGUUGUACCGAUGGCUUAACAACACUAACGUCAACGUUACGUGGUACGACAGUUUCAAAAGGCCGAUUAAUUCCUGGUGCAAAUAAUUCUUUUGAUUCGGGUCAAAGUAUAUCGCCUAUAAGCUCGAUAUCAAUUACUGGCUCAAAUUGUCGCCAAAUAGUAUCAUCAAGUGCUCCAGCUAGUAGUUUGGACAUGGAAACACUAGUGCGGAAUGUUAGUCAAGAUGUUGGCAAUGAUCAGGAUUUCUAUCGUGAAAGGAGGAAAAAAGAUAUACAUAAUAUGAGUAAGUUUAUUACAUUUUCAAAUAUUACACUCUAA